AUGGCUGAUCUUGCUGUUUUGAAGAGAACUCGAGCGUGGCCUGAUGAACAAAUUUUGCCUCUUGUUGAUCCGGGAGUAUUGGAUAAGGAGAUUGAAGAUUCGGAGCGAAUCAAAGAUGAGCUGUUCCUUGCCAUGUCUACUGUAGAUCGUGCUCUCUCGACAUUGCCACCUCCUACCCCCUUUAGUACAAGUAGAUUAAGUCCUGUUAGAACUCCUGUUGUUUCUGCCAAACUGCCUAAGCUGACGUUGAAGUCUUUUAAUGGAAGUCUAGCUGCAUGGACCUCAUUUUGGGAUUCCUUCAAAUCGGCCAUUCAUGAUAACCCCAGCUUGGCAACCAUUGAUAAAUUUUCUUAUUUGCAGUCUUUAUUGGAAGGGAAAGCCAAGGAAACUAUUGCAGGCCUUGCCCUUACUGAUGCCAACUAUUCUACGGCGAUUGACUUAUUGCAGAAGAGGUUUGGCAGCAAGGAGAGGAUUACUGCAGCUCAUAUGGACGUACUGAUGAGCCUUGAUGCAGUUUCUUCUGAUCAUCAUAUUUUCGAGCUUCGUCGCCUGUAUGACAAGACUGAGUCUACAAUUAGGAGUCUAUCUGCAUUGGGAGUACCUGUGGACUCUUAUGGAGCAUUGCUGGCUCCUGUGUUCAUAAAGAAACUUCCAUCUGAGCUCAGACUUGCUAUUGCCCGAAAGGUUCCAGCAGAUGAUUGGAACAUGACAAGGAUACUGGAGGUGCUGUUAGCAGAGGUAGAAGCUAGAGAGAGGGCCUCCCUGCCUAAGACUAAACAGAGUGGUUUUACACAAAAGCGUGGAAGGGAUUUUCCCACUACUGCCACUUUUACUGGAGGUAGCCAGAGUGGUUGCUGCUUUUGCCAGCAAGAGGACCACACACCUGCCCAGUGUACUAAAGUCACUGGAGUUGAUGAGAGAAAGCGAAUGAUUAGAGAGCAGGGCAGAUGCUUUGUUUGCCUUCGCCCAGGUCACAUUAGUAAGCACUGUCGCUCUUCAAUGAGCUGUGCUACUUGUAGAGGGAGACAUCACUCUAGUGUAUGUAUGACGAACUCAAAGCCUAAAUCAGGCCAGAGGCCUCCUACUGCUAGAGAUGGUGCUUCCCCACAUUUGUCUAAGGGGCUUAAUCCAGAGACCCCUCCAUUUCAAGGAUCAAAUACAGGUGCCACAUUCUAUACUAGUUCUAGAGAGUCUACUCUCUUGCAAGUGGCACGCGUCUUUGCCUUCAAUCUAAAUGAGCCUGGUAAUAGAAUGUCUUUAUAUGUCCUAUUGGACAGUGGGAGCCAGUGCUCAUAUAUUACUCGAAGUGCAUGCCAGAGGUUGGGAUUGCUAUCUCUGGGCACUAAAUCAGUUUCUAUAAUGACCUUUGGGUCUAGAAAGGAGUGUCGUACUGAAUGCCAUGUUGUAAAACUGGGUCUUGAGCUUAAAAAUAAUGCUCAUAUGGAGCUUAAGCUGCUCACAGUUAGCCACAUUUGUGAGCCUUUGACGUAUGAAGUCAUAGAUUUGCAUAAGUAUCCUCAUCUGAAUAAUUUGGACUUUUCUAUUCCAUUGGAUCAUUGCAAGCAGAUAAAGCCAGACAUCUUAAUUGGAUCUGACCAGUAUUGGUCUCUACUUACAGGUGAGAUAAUGAAGAGUAACAAUGGGCCUGUUGCUCUAAACUCAUGCUUUGGCUGGAUUUUAUCUGGUACUGCUGCUGUGAAACAGUCUAGUGCACGGAGUGCUACUAUGGUCACCCAUGUUUUAAGGGUUGAUGGUGUCCAUGAAGACAUGAGCCUAGAACAUAGAUUACGUUCAUUUUGGGAGCUAGAAUCUUUAGGAAUUUUGGAAGAUGAGAAUUUAGUGCAAACUCAAUUUGGUGAUCAUGUGAAGUUUGCUAAUGGUAAGUAUGUUGUUUCCCUGCCUUGGAAAGACUCUUGCAUUUCUCUUGCUGAUAACUAUCAGCUUUGUUUACGUCGAUUAAGUGGUUUGUUUAAGCGCCUGAAGAGCUCUCCUGAGUUAUUGAAGAAAUAUGAUGAUAUCAUUAGAGAGCAACUAGCCUUGGGAAUUAUUGUCCCUGUUGAGAACUCUGAAGAAUGCAGUGUGGCUCGUAUACACUAUUUACCGCAUCAUUGUGUGUUGAGACAGGAUAAGUCUACUACAAAAUUAAGAAUUGUAUACGAUGCCUCUGCUAAGACUAACGGUCCAUCAUUGAAUAAUUGCCUCCAUAUAGGACCUUCAUUGCAUCAAAGGCUAGCUAAGAUUCAUAAUGUCAACUCUCUCAUCAUUCAGUAUAUAGACUUUAUUAAGAUAGGCACCCUUACAAUAGAUUUAGAAUGA